GUUAAUCGCAGCUCCUCUCGGUGUUCACAGACUUAACGCGGUGCUGCUGCAGCUUCACAGGAGCUCUGCAGAAUGGAGUUCAUCACAGAUGUCUCUGUCAUCAUUGAUGAAGCACUUUACAAAGACCAGCGAAGAUUAAUAAAGAUUCUUCAGCCUUACCGCCCUGAGAAAAAAGCUUCCUGCUAUGUCGUGAGAGGAACAAUGGAGGAGCUGGACAACCUUCGGGCCAAAUUAGUAGCCGAGAGGCGUCAUUCCAGUCCGCUCAGCCGGAGACGAACCAGUCAGCGAGACACUUCACCCAGUAUCAAACCUGUGGAGGUAUCUGGGCUUAUUAUGGCUUACAUUGAUCAAAAAUGUUCGAAGGAACUUAAGAAAAUUCAAGGGACCAGUUUUGUCAUUGAAACACAGCCUGACCUCAGAACAGCGCACAGUAAACCUAGCACCACAGUGUGGGUGACUUUCAGACCUAAACAUGUGUCUGUCAGCCCUGUUCGUGGCGAAUUCGUCAGACAGCGAUUCGUCACAUUCUACCAGAGGACUGCGUCUGACCUGCAGGUCACAUCGGUCCCCUCCACAGCGCACAGAGACCUGCAGAGGACAUUUCCGUGCCUCCUCUUUAACCCCAGCCACAACAGAUCGGAGGUCACAGUGACCGGGCCUUUUGUGCACAUCGCUAAACUGAAAGAGUUCCUGUCACAAAAUAUGCAGAGCUCAAGCAAGAGUCCAGCGAAAAAAGGUCCAGCACGCGCUCCAAGCAGCAGGACCCCACGUCCUCCAUCCACCCCCAGCACACACCCUGAGGAAGAAACAUGUGUCAUCUGUAUGGAAGUGAUGGUCAGCGCAGAGAAACAGACUCUGCGGUGCAAGCACUCGUUCUGCAGAAGCUGUCUGAAAACUGCUUUUGACUACAAGCCUGCGUGCCCGACGUGUGGAGAGUUAUACGGCACUCUGAAGGGGACGCAGCCUGAGGGAGGCAAAAUGGACGUCAGCAGAGGCUCUGCGUCUUUACAAGGAUAUGAGAAAUACGGAACAAUAAUCAUCCAUUAUUAUAUUCCAAGUGGCAUCCAAAAGCGGGAGCAUCCUAACCCCGGGCAGCCGUAUGAAGGCGUGUCCCGCACAGCCUACCUGCCAGACUCCCCUGAAGGCAGACGGACCCUGAAACUGCUGAGGAGAGCCUUCAAUCAGAGAGUCAUCUUCACUGUCGGUCGCUCAACCACCAGCGGCAGAAACAACGUGGUCACAUGGAACGAUAUUCACCACAAAACUGCCACACAUGGAGGACCUACUCACUAUGCAUAUCCAGAUCCUUAUUAUCUCAGCCGAGUUCAAGAUGAACUGAAAGCCAAGGGGAUCGAAUGAGUCACUUUAAGGUUUGUCAACACAUGAAUAUAGAAUUGUAAGGACAUACUGAAUUAUUUUACGAAAAAAUUAUGGGGAGAGGGGAAUAUGGCACAGAAAACUAUGAACCAGGAGAAAUAAAUAAUGUCAUUCUAC